CUGCUGUGUCCCGCCGCCGUGUCUCCCUUCUCCCCACUUCAUUCAUCUCCUGCUGCAUUUCCGUCGAGCCUCGACUCGAGUCGGACUGGAUUGAAGAAUUAACUGACUGUUUAGCUAAUUGAUCUCUCCCUGCGCGCCGUCCGCGAGGUGUGCGCUCUCCCAAGAUGGCGACCGUCACCAUGACUAUGCCGCCACCCCCCAAAUCGAAGAAGAAUGCCAAACUCCCUCCGGAGAACGAACGGUUCAUGAGAGCUUGUUCCGAUAUUGCCAAUGCUCUGAUCCAGGAGUACGAGGCCCAGCGCGAUCCGAAGAAGCCCAAGAGAGAUAUCAACCUGAACAAACUGCGGGGUCAAGUCGCCAAAAAGCAUGCCUUGGCCACCCAGCCCCCGUUGACGGCCAUCAUUGCGGCCGUCCCUGAACACUACAAGAAAUACAUUCUGCCCAAGUUGAUUGCAAAGCCGAUCAGAACAUCCUCUGGUAUCGCCGUCGUCGCGGUCAUGAGCAAACCCCACCGUUGUCCCCAUAUCGCAUACACCGGAAACAUUUGCGUCUACUGCCCUGGUGGCCCGGACUCCGAUUUCGAGUACUCUACGCAGUCCUAUACCGGAUAUGAACCCACGUCGAUGCGUGCGAUCCGCGCCCGUUACGACCCGUUUGAGCAGGCCCGCGGUCGAGUGGACCAGAUCAAGUCUCUCGGUCACAGUGUGGACAAGGUGGAAUACAUUAUCAUGGGUGGAACGUUCAUGUCCCUUCCGGAGGACUACCGUGAAUCGUUUGUGGCCCAGCUGCACAACGCGCUGAGUGGGUAUCAGACGGACAAUGUCGAUGAAGCGGUUCAGGCUGGUGAGAUGAGCAAUGUGAAGUGUGUCGGUAUCACGAUCGAAACGAGACCCGACUACUGUCUUGAUCAACACUUGAGCAGCAUGCUCCGCUACGGAUGCACGCGACUGGAGAUCGGUGUCCAGAGUCUGUACGAGGAUGUCGCCCGAGACACGAACCGUGGCCACACUGUUGCGGCCGUUGCCGAGACGUUCAAGCUUGCGAAGGAUGCUGGAUUCAAGGUAGUCAGUCACAUGAUGCCUGAUCUGCCCAACGUGGGCAUGGAGCGUGAUCUGUUCCAGUUCCAGGAGUACUUCGAGAACCCGGCUUUCCGGACGGAUGGUCUGAAGAUCUACCCCACGCUGGUUAUCCGUGGAACUGGUCUCUACGAGCUCUGGCGGACGGGUCGCUACAAGAACUACACUCCGAACGCGCUGAUCGACUUGGUCGCCCGUAUCCUUGCGCUGGUCCCCCCGUGGACCCGUAUCUAUCGUGUGCAGCGUGAUAUCCCCAUGCCCCUGGUGACCUCGGGUGUGGAGAACGGCAACCUGCGCGAGCUCGCCUUGGCGCGCAUGAAGGACUUUGGAACCACUUGCCGCGAUGUGCGCACCCGUGAAGUGGGUAUCAACGAAGUCAAGAACAAGAUUCGCCCUUCGCAGGUCGAGCUGAUUCGCCGUGACUACACGGCCAACGGUGGCUGGGAAACGUUCCUUGCCUACGAGGACCCGAAGCAGGAUAUCCUGAUCGGCCUGCUGCGACUGCGCAAGUGCAGCCCGACCCACACCUUCCGGCCCGAGUUCACGGGUCAGCAGACCAGUAUUGUGCGUGAGCUGCAUGUGUACGGAUCUGCGGUUCCUCUGCACGGGCGUGACCCGCGCAAGUUCCAGCAUCGCGGAUUCGGAACCUUGCUCAUGGAAGAGGCCGAGCGCAUUGCUCGCGAGGAGCACGGCAGCCAGAAGAUCAGCGUUAUCUCCGGUGUUGGUGUACGCAGCUACUACGCGCGUCUCGGCUACACCCUGGACGGGCCGUACAUGUCCAAGAUGCUGGACCCGAUCGAGGACGAGGAGUUUUAGCGAAUGUCUUAUGAAUGAUGCGCACGGAUUUACAAGUUAUCCUGGAUAUUAAAAAGUUCUUUUCAUAUCUGCAUGCGGCGUUGCAGGGGUUCCAUCCAGACAGGAGGCUGUCUAUUUCUUCGGCAUAUUCGGGGCAGUAGCGAAUCGGUAUAUACCAAGGGCGGAUUAGAAAUUGCAUUGUACAUACACGGCCAAGCCGAUUGCUAGGAUCAUUGAUGAAUACAUUCACAUGAGCUGUUACCUGAUCGCACAGGUAUAUCAGCUGACACUAG